AUGCCACCGCCAUACCGUGUCGACCAUGUUGGGUCUCUGGUCCGUCCAGAGUACCUCAUUACUGCUCGCAAUGCCCUUCGACCGUCAGUUGACACCAUGGCCAUUGAGGAGGGGACGCCUGAGCAGCAAGAAGCUCUGAAAAAGGCAACCGAUCAGAGCAUCCAAGAAGUCGUUCAACAGCAACUGCAGCACGGCAUCACACCCAUUACCACGGGCGAGUUCGAGCGCUCGGUGUUCUGGGACGACUUUUACGAAGCACUCUCUGGCUUCGAUGUAUCUUUCAUCAGAUUCGACACUGGCAAAUGGCGAGAAGGGUUCCCCAUCAACGAAGCCUUCAAACGCCUCGGUGGUGAGGGACGCAUGGGCAAAAUUGCUGUUUCGAAGAUCCAACGUACAAAAUCCGCGUAUAUGGACAGCUGGCGGUUGCUGAGGAAAUAUUUACCAAAGGAGCAUUGGGGUCUCGUCAAGCAGACCUGUCUCUCCCCGACUUGGUGGCACGAAAUGUUGCAGACGCCGUUCACACCCGAAUCAGGGUACAGGAACGAUGAUGAAUACCUGAACGAUAUCGCCGAUGCUCUCCAUGAUGAAGUCCUCGAACUCUAUGAAGCUGGCAUCAGAAACUUCCAGAUCGACGACCCGCUCAUCUCAAUGCUCUAUACAGAUGGCUGGGAGCAAGCGAUGAAAGCCAAUGGCACCGACCGAGAAGCCCUUGUAUGCUUGUACGUACAGACACACAACCGCUUCCUAAAAGGCCUCCCAGAAGACUUGACGGUAUGCCACCAUAUGUGUCGAGGCAAUAUCCCCGGCUCCCCAACACUCCCUGGCGACUACAACCACCUCUUGCAACGCCUCUUCCUAGAAACAAAUUACAAACUCUUCGCCGUCGAAUGGGAUGACCCCGCCCACGGAGACUUCACUCCCCUCCAGCACUUGCCAAAGGACAAAUCCGUUCUGCUCGGUCUCAUCACAACAAAAGAAGCAACCCUCGAAGAUCCAGCUUUUAUCAAGCAGCGACUUCUCUCAGCGGGAGACGUUAUCGCGAAGGCGAGAGGGUGCAGUCAGAAAGAGGCACUGGAUGCGCUGGGGAUCACGACGCAGUGUGGUUUUGGCACUAUGAGUGAUCGUCCGGGUGUUGGGAUGACGAUCGAGAGGCAGUGGGAGAAGUGUGAGUUGAUGCAGAGGGUAGCGGAGGAGGUCUGGCCGGGGUGGAAGAAAGAGUUUGGUAUCCCCACUGCUCGACUGUGA